CAAAACCCUAAGGCGGGCAGCUCUCUCCAAAAACAUAAGGCGGCCAACAUUCUCCAAACCCCUAAGGCGGCGAGCAUUCUCCUUAACGGUAAAGCGGUCAGCUCUCCGAAAACCUCCAGGUGAGUAUUCUUGUCCGGCACUCUUCACUACUUGUGCAAAUGUGAAAUGUUUUUCAACAUGAGUACCUAUUGAGGAAUUUUAACUGUUAGGACAUUUGUAACUAUUAUUGAAAGUCAACUGCAUAUUCUAAUUUGAUUUUAUAAGAAACGGGUUUGUCAAACUGAAUUUCUACUUUUGCCAUUGAGAAUAAAGGCAUUGGGUAUCUUUUUGGGAAGUGGGUUCCUAAGGUGUCAUUCAUGCUUCUGCUGUAUAAAAGAUCCUUUUACAUAUCUUUGCUUUUAAGUUGACCCUCUCUGGUAAAUUUAGGUUAAAUUUUGUCCUCUAUGAUGUUUCAAAUAGCCAUUAUGGGUGUAGCAUACAUAUUAUGUUGCAUCAGACUUGAGUGAAUUUGCCUGAAUAUAUAGCAGUCUAGAUAUUGUAAUUUGAUAUAUGUGCAUUCUAGAUAUGGGUGCAACUUAGAUAUUAUGUGCUUUAAUAUUUACAGUGUUUCUUAAACUGUAAGUUAUGUUCAAUAUUGUUUUGCUCUGAAGUGUCAUAUUUUUAGUAACUAGUCACUAUGGAUCGAUCCUUGACUGUCAAUUUGAUAUAAAAUUCUGUCCACUAUGACUUAUUACUAUUUUUUGCUAUGUAACUAUGACACACAAAUGUUGCUAUGUUAUUCUUUACUAAUCACUACAACCAUAUUAGAAAUAAUGUAGGAUAAAACUACAAGUCUCCGUUAUUGUUUUAAAGGUGAGAUUUAUACUCUAAUCAUUUUAUUUUAUCUAGUGAAAAAUGUCAAAUAGUGUACAUGUGAUUCUAAUCAUUUUAUUUUAUCUAGUGAAAAAUGUCAGGCCGGUCCAUAUUCAGUAGGAGUGUGGGAAGAGGAGGGGGUGGAGGGAGGGGUGAAUGUCCUCCUAGACGAAUUUAUGGUGAACCAAUAAUCGAGGAAUAUACUUCUGGUGAGGAGGAGGAUGAUGAUGAGAUCAUUGGUCAAGACAAUAUAAAUGAUGGCAGGUCUUUAACUCCUGAAGGCAACCAUCAAGAAUCAUUUGGCUCUGCAGUUGGAUCUGACGGCACUAAUGGAUCAUCUAGUGUACUGGAGACACUGAUAACUGUUCAAGACAUAUCCAGCACAAAGUGUUUGAAAGAGAUUAGAAGAAUAUUAGAAGGGUCUUAUAGGGGAUCUUGGAUAUCCCACGGAGAAGUACCAAAACCAUUUCAUGAUGGAUGAUUUAACAUGUUUAAGGUAACAUGUGUCUAUAGUUUUUCUGUUUUCCUGCAUAUAGCUCAACUGUUUUUUGUAGUCGUACCAUACUUUUCCUCCUGCUGAAGAAGUUGCUAUUAUGAGUGCCUUUCACACACGGUGUUCGACAUGGUUGAAGGAUGUUGUGCAUGAAGCUCGAAAAAACAAAAAACGGAUACCAUGGAUAUCUGUACAAGAUUGGAAUGGAAUGUUAGUGACAUGGAAGUCUGAGAAAUUUAAGAGCAAGUCAAAACAAAAGAAAAAAAAACAGUUUUUCAAAUGGGUGUAGGAGCUCACCAUAUUGUGGAGGGUCAAUUUCUCAAAGAGUUAGAGCCCAUCGACUGGAAAUUAAUCUGGGAAGGCUGCCACUGGCCACAGAAAAUCUUAAAGAUGGAUUCACGAAAAAAGAAACGGGUGAAUGGAGUGGUCCGCGAGCUCGCGAGAUUGCGGAACAAGUUGAGGCUGAGGUGAAUCGUGAAACCCAAAACACCCUAGAACAUGGUGGUACCGUGGAUUGAGAAUGCGAUAUUUUUUAAAACUGUACCUAUAAAAAGGAAAAGUGUUUGGGGCGAGUUUCCUUGACGACACAUAUCUUUCCAAAGGUUCAGUUAACUCUACUAUCCCUUUUCAAGGAGAGGCACAAUAUGUAAAAGUGGAGGACUUCAAUGCAUGGAAGAUGCGGCUGGAAAGAGUGGAGAUGCGGGAGAUGGACCCAACUAAUGUCGGUUUUAUGUGCCCUCCUCAUGCAUCCUCGUUUCCUCCAACUGCGUUUGCUAACAAUUUCGACUCUCAAAAUGCGCCUCACUAUUCAUCGGUUUACCCGGGUCAUUACAUGUCGAUGCAACAACCCCAGCCUGUGCAACAACCCUUACCUUCUCAAACGGCAUUUCAAUUCAUCCCCCUAGCCACGCACAACUUGUCUCAAGAGGACAACAACAACUUUAUCAACAAUAUUUUAGUUGAUAAUGAAGGGGGCAAUGCAGGUGGACAUUGAAGAAUUGUACACUACUAGAGAAGGAACAUAUAACGUCGGUUAUUUUAUACUUUUAACGUCG